UUCAUAGAAACCGUCGUGUUUUGUCUUUUCGGCCCUGAAGGUGAACUCGACGCGCGUUAUAAGAGAGCCAACGUGUCUCGUGGUCGUCGCAUUUUCGUUCGUUUGACGAUCGCACGCUCGUCGCGGUUCACAGGUGACACAACCACCCCCACCUAUCCGGUCGUGGCUCACCAACCCCCUCCACCGAUUCGCAUUCGGUCACCAGUCCCAGAAUUGUCGGUUUUCCGUCGUAUUUUUGUCGAUCGACGAUCAGUUUCGGUGAUCACCGUCGACGUAUGCGCAGAGUUUCUGUACGAUCGGUGAUAAUUCGAAGACCUGCUCGCGCUUUCGCAGGUUGUGUGAAUUGUUUCGAGGGGGUGAAUCGCGAUAGUUACCAAGGUGGAUAGAGGACGCCAUGACUGCCACCAUGCAAAACUUAGAACGAACGAUGUUGACCGAUAUCACGGAACUUCCCUCCAUCAAGCUCGGCGAUUUCGUUCUUCAGAUAGAGCUGAAUUCGCCUAGUCCUGAAUUGCAGGAGGUCGCGAAGAAGGAACUUCGCGAGAGCCCGGAAGUCCAGAAAGAGGCCAUAGCUCAAUUGAUGGAAUUACUGAGAGGGGAGACAGACCUGAAGGUACCACUGGAGAACGAGGCCUGGUUGAUUCGUUUCCUCAGGCCGAGCAAGUACUACCCAGAUUCGGCAUUGAAACUCGUGAAGAACUACUACAGCUUCAAGGUGAAGCACGCGAACGUCUACGACGGCCUGAAGCCCAGCAGAGAGAAGAACAUCUUCGACCAGAACAUCCUGACCGUGCUGCCUACUCGAGAUCAGCAUGGCCGAAGGAUUCUGAUCCUGGAGCUGGGCAAAAAAUGGAAACACACCAAGUGCACCCUCGACGAGGUGUUCAAGGGAUGCGUACUCUACUUAGAGGCCGCCAUUUUGGAACCAGCCACGCAGAUCGCUGGAGCCGUGGUGAUAUUCGACAUGGACGGACUCAGUCUUCAACAGACUUGGCAAUUCACUCCACAGUUCGCCAAAAGGAUAGUCGAUUGGCUUCAGGACGCUGUGCCCCUCAGGGUCAAGAACAUUCACAUUGUCAACCAACCGUACAUCUUCAACAUGGUGUUCACGUUGUUCAAACCAUUCCUUAGGGAGAAACUGAAGAAUAGAAUUAUCUUCCACGGCAAGGACUACAAAUCGCUGCACGAACACUUAUCGCCUAAGUGUUUGCCAGAAUGUUACGGUGGCAGCUUGAAGUUUCCACGAAUAACAGGACCACAGUGGUUGGAAUUGUUGUUAAAGUGCGACAAGGAAUUCGAUGCGAUCAAUUCCUACGGUUACAAGAAACACUAGCUUGUUCACUGCCACGUGUCUCUUGGAAAGGCUGAAGAGGAGCACCCGUUUCUAAAAAAGAUGUCGACAAUCGAGAGCUGAGUCGAUUUUCAUGCAACGACGACGGUUGUGGGUCUUGGGUCGACGCGAAGAUUAAGAUUUGUUGGUCGACUCGUCAACUUGUUUAUAAAUAAUAUAUUUCCCUAUCCAAUUCUCUCUACAGCGAUCGCAUUUUUUUGCGAGAAAAGAAGAUGAACACGAGCAACGAGCUUGCUGGUGCUAGGUUUACUUACGUUUUGUAUUAUUAUGAGAGAGAGAGAGCGAGAGAGCGAGAGAGGAGAGAUAUUUAUCUACAAUUAGAGUGAUUUUGUAUGGAAUAUGCAAUUGAAUUGUCGUUAGGAGUUUAUUCGUACUAUAGACUAGCAAAUAAGUAAAUUUAUGUGAAAAUAAAAUUAGUUUAAGCAACGAA